AUGAUCGCCUUCCAACGGAAAAUAAUUUACAUGCCUGGCGUACCGCUCGGAGCGCGACGAGAGCCCUUCGAUCCAGCAUCGCCCGACCUGGAGGGUUUGAGAUCUGAAUUGGUGACCGUCGCGCAUAGCAAGGAUCGCUUCAAGCUCAGAGGAAUACUCGUCGAAACUGAGAACCGAUCACCAAGUGCACAGCAUGACAUGGUCAUUGUCUAUCUGCAGGGCAAUGCGUCCAAUCCGCUCAGACGAGCACCCGUCUUUUCCUCGCUUCUUCUGGGCCGUACUCGAUGGCGAGACGAGACGAUGCACCUACGCAUACUCGCCGUUGCUCCACGUGGCUUCUGGCUAUCGACCUCGCCGACAAUAGGCGGUGGACCUACUCAGCCCGGUCUCGUGCAAGACUACAUUUCCGUCGUACUCUACGCCAAAAGAAGGUGGCCAGAGGCACGCGUUGUGGUGCACGGACAUUCGAUUGGGGCAGCUGCAGCGCUGCAAGUCGCUCUCACAGAAUCAAUAGACGGACUGGUCCUGGAGAGCACGUUCACCUCGAUGCUCGAUCUCGUGCGCGCAUUCUAUCAUUCGAAAUGGCUGCCGUACCACUACCUCGGUCGCUUCGUGCUCGACAAAUUCGACUCACUCAACGCCAUCGCCAGACUCCCCUCGGAUAUGCCCCUCCUUCUCAUCGAAAGCGGUAACGAUGAGCUCAUCCCAGGCGGCAUGUUGUCCACACUUGCCUCUGCCAGCUCGGCGCAAACAACAUUGAUCACAGUCCCCAAAGCGCUUCACGAUACAGGCUACAUGCGAUCAGAAUGGCGGGAUGCAAUACACAAGCACCUGAGCACUUGCAAGCCAGUAUGA